AAAACGUUUUUUCCAAUAUAAAAACAGCUAUUUACAUAUUCCUCCUGACCAGCAGAGGUCGCUGUUUCCUCUUUAUGCCUCGCGUUCACUAAACGGAAGCGUUUUCCACAGAUUUCCUAAAAAAAAUUGUGUUUACAUGCUCCCAUCCUCUUUCGUGUUUUAGCGGCUUUGGGAGCCUAAUCUGCGGCAGAAUGAGCGCAAUUCAGCUGCUGCGGAUGUCGGUGCAUCAGCGGAUCAGCGCCGCCGCUGAGGACGUCCUACAGCAGCUGGAAAACGGGGAGAAAGCGGUUAAACUCCGGACACAGAGAGCAGUGAUAACCGCGCGGCUAACAGCUACCGCGGAGGAAAUCUUCGGACUGUUCAAGGAAACUUUAGCGGAGUACGAGGAGAGACUGCGGCAGUCCGAGCAGGAGAUAUGCCUCCAGAGAAAGCAGCUGGAUGCUCUGCUGAAACCUGAAAUCAGACUGCAACGAUCGGAGCAAACGGAGGCUUUUAAAGCCGCAGGAGCCGCUGCGGCCAGCGCUUACUCGUCCAGUUCCGGUCAACUUCACAAUAAAAGCCCUGCAGAUCAGAGUGAAGAGGAAGCUGAAGACACAGGCCUUCUGAAGAUAGUGACCCUGGACGACUCCGGCCUGCCAGCCCAGUUCGACUCAACGGACCUGAAUCCGCUCGAUUCUGAGAACGUCAGCGAUGCUUCCUGCCCGUCGUCGCCACGCUCCUCCUCUGAAUCCUACCACCUGGCGGCCUCUACGUGCACCGACGACGACGACGACUGGACGGAGAGUCAGUCUCUCAGGUCAGAGGGCAAAAGAAAAAAGAAGAGAGGUCGGCCUUUCAGAUCCAUCGAGAAAAUGGAAGGAAGUCCUCCUCUCGUAUCUGCUGGGAAGAAGAAACGAGGACGACCUCUCGGAUCUUUGGGCAAAAAGAAGAGAGAACUUCUUGGUCUUGAACCUUUAGUCAUUGUGAAAAAGCGAAAACGCACUCCUCCUACAGAGCGUUUCAACUGCCAUGUCUGCGGACGCCUCUGUCCGGGGAAAGGCUUCCUGCUGCAGCACGCGCUGCGGGUCUGCGGCAGCAAUCCGGACCGGCGCUGCGGCUUCUGCGGCGAGCUUUCAGACUCUGCUGAUGGCCUGAUGGCUCACCUGCAGGCUCACCAGCAGAACACCAAAAAGUGCUCCGUCUGCGAGAAGACGUUCACCUCCAUCAGGGCGCAGGAGCUGCACUUCCGCAUCCACACCGGGGAGAAGCCGCAUGAAUGCCCCGAAUGCGGCAGAUUGUUCCGGCAGAAAAGCAACCUGAUGUCUCACAUGCUGGUUCACGCGGCGGAGAAACCAUUCAAAUGUAAAGAGUGCCCUCGCGCCUUCUGCCACAUGACGUCACUGGAGCGCCACACGGAGGAGCACAACAACGCGCUCAUCCUCUCCUGCAGCGUCUGCAGUCAGGAGUUCAGCAAGCGGAAGGACCUGCGGAAACACGUGGCGACCAAUCACGAGGACAGCGUCCCUAAAGCGAAUAAAAGCCGCACAUCUGUGCUGACCAACUGCAAGGUGUGUGGGGAAGCUUUCGACCGGAAGAUCCUGCUAGUCAGGCAUGCUGGGUCUCACGCGCAGGAGCCCAACUGCUGCUGCGGCGUUUGUGGGAAUCUGUGCGACUCCAUCGACAGCCUCAACGCUCACCUGCGCUUCCACCGGGUCGCCGCCAGGACCUGCGAAACCUGCGGGAAAUCCUUCCCCGGCCGAUCGGCGCUGCUGAUGCACCUGAGGAUUCACACCGGGGAGAAACCCUUCAGCUGCAGCUUCUGCGACAAGGCCUUCAACCAGAUCGGCAACCUGAAGAUGCACCUGAAGAUCCACACGGGCGAGCGCGCUUUCUCCUGCAGCAUCUGCGGGAAGGGCUUCACCCAGAAGAACAGCCUGGACACGCACAUCCGCUUCCACAACAAGGAGAGGCGCUUCCUGUGCCAGGUGUGCGGGAAGGGCUUCAUGCAGGACGUGGACCUGAAGAGGCACAUCCUGGUCCACACCGGGGAGAAGCCGUACGAGUGCAGGGUCUGCGGGAAGAGCUUCCAGGCCAGGCGCUCGCUCAACGGUCACCUCAAGGUUCAUGAAGCCGGUGGGAUGGUGGGCGUCAGCGAGGACCAGAGAAUGGACAACUUCUUCUCCGGACCCUUCCAGCUGUAGAUCAGAAACUAAGCCCAGGGCUGAGCGAUGCAGCUUAAAAAUGAAAUCUCUUCUAUGAUCAUA